UAGGCAUAAGUCAAGUUUGGAAAGUCUGAAUUAGGUGCAAAUAGGCUAAGAUUAAUUCAGUCAGUUGUCCACUAGAGGGUGACGGGUAGUCGUUGUGGAUUGCUAUGAUUUCCGUAUGAGAAAAAUAUAUCGAAAAUAAAUAAAUUGAAGAAAUGGAUCCAGAAGAUGCAUCUGUGAGAAAUUUCAAAGACUUUUUACUUAUCUACAAUAAAAUGGCAGAGUUAUGUUUUAAUCAUUGUGUUUAUAAUAUGAAUCAGAGAGAUCUAACAACAGAAGAGGUUGAUUGUGUUAAUAAAUGUGCCAGUAAAUCAAUUCAUAUAAACCACAAGCUGAUGUCUAUUUAUAUGGAAGUUCAACCAGAAAUUGUCAAUAAACGUAUUGAAGAAGCUAAUUUACAAGCACAAGCACAAUUAGCAAAUGAACAACAAACAUUUCAAACUUAAUGUAAAUUAUUGUAAAUACAUUUGAAACGUUUUAUAUGUAGAUAUAAAAUAAAUACAUUUUUUGUUGUCUUUAAAACUUUUUCAUCAAUCAUGUCAUUAAUAAUGUAUCGUUUUUCUUCUUCAAAUUGUAAAAUGUAAUGAAACACAAGUGAAAUGAUUGAUGGUAAAAAUUUUAAAAUUAAUUCUUAAAUAUAUAUAUUUUUUCCAGUAAAGAAUGAAGUAGGAUUUAAUUUUAACAUAUUGUGGGUUAUAUCGACAUAUUAGUUGACGGGAGAUUGCUCUUUUCACAACUCCCAGAAGUAACAUACAAUCAAAGAGAAGACACAAGAAAACUGCUUUCCUAAUAAUGCAGAUAUAAAAACAAUUAAGACUAAAAAUUAUAAUUAUGGAAUCCCAUGUGCUAUUUGGAAAUAAAGCAUUCAAAUCUUA